UUGGAUAACGGCAUGAUAAGUUCAUGUCAAUAUAAAAAUGUUUCCACAUCUUUUUAUCCAACAGCAGCUAUAGGAUAUGUAAGCUUGACAUCUGCAGUUUCAGAAGUGUCAACAUCAGACUGCUUGGCGUGCCUUGAUGUGAAACAGCUGUUCUGGUUCAGCAUGAGUGAAACAUGCUGCAUCUCUUCAGGAAGAACUGUAAAACUGGGUACAGGUGUUUCUGAGGCGAUGCUGUGCACGAUGGACACGAUUCCAACAGAACCUUCUUCGUGUCCUAAUUUAGGCUCAUUGCUUGCACAAAAAACCCUGAACAGUUGGAAUGCAUGAGUCCCUUAUGUGUGAAAUUAAUCUCUUCUGUGAUUUCUUAAUGAUGUCCAUUGCACAUUUAAUUAAAAGCAACUAUCUUCAGACUGCUGUCUCCUCUUAGUACAGUUCACCAGCUCAAAGAUUGCCCAAUAACUUUUCAGGGUAAGAUUUUCUCUAAAUCCUUCCAAUGAAACUGAGGAUUUUGAAGCGUGCAAUUAUUGACACAUAAUCUAUUUGUGGAUGUCUAACUAACAAGCUGACAACUAAAUACCAGAAACCAAACAUGUGACUGAAAAUUGUAUGGAAGUAACAUGGAAAUAGUUUUAUUUCUACCUUUUAGGCAAUACAGAUAAUUUGUAUUUAGUGAGUGCCCUAUGAACGAAGAGUUUUCUUCAAGUAACGAUGGAGUUCAGCGUCUUAAAGUCUCUGAAGCAUUAAAAGUCUCAGAUGUAAUCGAUUCAUCGUGAUUAAUUUUGUAGCGUUAAUAGUGGAGAUAGUGUCAGGGCGGCCCAUCUCAUGAAUAACAAUUAUCAGAAUGUUAAAAAAAAUUCUACAUAACCCCAAGCAGUAACUGCUUUUACUUAAAUCUCUUUUAAAUGUUCCUUAAUUGUAAACUUGAAU